GGCCACCUUGCAGGGAGAGUUUUUUGACAGUCCCUCACUUGUUUCUUUGCAUGUUGGCUUAGCUUGGCGGGCUCCCGACUAGACUAGUGGCUGUCUAGUGAUGAGGCUGUGUGCUUCUGAGCUGGGCAUCCGAAGGCAUCUUUGGGGAAGCUGAGGGCACGAGGAGGGGCUGCCAGACUCCAGGAGCUGCUGCCUGGCUGGAAUUCCUACACCGUGCGUUGCCUGGCUCCACACCUGGCUGGGUCCUACCUGUCAGAGCCCCAAGGUAAAAGGGCCGGGGAAGCAUCUUAAUUUAGAGUGCGGUCUCAGUUGGUCCUGCCAUUCCAGAGAAACAGAGAAAAGGUAUCCCUUUUCUCAGACUCCCCUGAAAUGUAUGGUUUGCUCUGAACCCAGAGAGAGAUGACAGGUCUGCGGGUGUUGCUGGGUGCAGAUGUAAGUUGCUAGGGGAAAGUGUUUGAAGGGGAGAAGUCAGAGGUGACUUUGCCCCCUCCCUCAAUUCCAGAUGAGGAAAUACAGGCCUGAAAAGGGAAAGUGACCACCUCAAGGUCUCAUGCCCUGGAGGACCCAGCAGGAAUCCAAGACCUCUGAAAAGGAAGGGCAGGGCUCUUGCCACCACUGGGGGUGUGGUCAUGGUUUUCCAUCCAUGGAAGGCCCUGAGAGAUUUUGUCUUUCUCCCUAGGGCCAGCAUCAGAGGAGCGAAUAGCUCAGUUCACUCCUCCAUGUGCCCUGGGAGGUGGUUUGCCACUUUCACGGUUGGACUGUGUUGGAGAGAAACAGAGAGCCACCCAGGGGUGGGGACCAGCUCUCUGCGAGUCAGGGCUUGCCGAUCACUUGCCCAAGUGGCUCCCUAGCUCCUGGCUCCCGGCUCUGGGCCUGGGACUCUCCCCGAAGUGUAGCUGGCCACUGUGAGGAGCCGACUGGAGGUAGGGACCUCUUGAAGGGCCCAGGCAGUUGGGAUGCCACUUCUGAUAAAGCACGUGGUGGCCAUAGCAGGUGCCUGGUGGCUCCACAGCCUGGCCAGCGUCUAGUGGUGCAGAAAGAAAGUGAAAGGGAAAAGAACUGCGGGGAGGCGGGGAGGUAAGAUGAUAAGGGGACGAGCUGCCACAGACUCGCCGCGGCCCCAGAGCUGGCGGGAGGGAGAGGCCACCAGCAGCGCGUGCGGGAGCCCGGGGAACAGCGGCAGCUCACAGUGUGCCACCAUGGAGUUGGGGCCACUAGAAGGCAGCUACCUGGAGCUUCUCAACAGCGAUGCUGACCCCCUGUGCCUCUAUCACAUCUAUGACCAGAUGGACCUGGCUGGAGAAGAAGAGAUUGAGCUCUACUCAGAACCCGACACGGACACCAUCAACUGUGACCAGUUCAGCAGGCUGUUGUGUGACAUGGAAGGCGAUGAAGAGACCAGGGAGGCUUAUGCCAAUAUCGCGGAACUGGACCAGUAUGUGUUCCAGGACUCCCAGCUGGAGGGCCUGAGCAAAGACAUUUUCAUAGAGCACAUAGGACCAGAUGAAGUGAUCGGUGACAGUAUGGAGAUGCCAGCAGAAGUUGGGCAGAAAAGUCAGAAAAGACCCUUCCCAGAGGAGCUUCCGGCAGACCUGAAGCACUGGAAGCCAGCUGAGCCCCCAACUGUGGUGACUGGCAGUUUCCUAGUGGGACCAGUGAGCAACUCCUCCACCCUGCCCUGCCUGCCACUGCCUGCUCUGUUCAACCAGGAGCCAGCCUCCGGCCGGAUGCGCCUAGAGGAAACCAAUCAGAUGCCCAUGUCUUCCUCUAGUUCCUCGUUGAGCUGCCUGAAUCUCCCUGAGGGACCCGUCCAGUUUGUCCCCACCAUCUCCACGCUGCCCCAGGGGCUCUGGCAAAUCUCUGGGACUGAAACAGGGGUCUCCAGUAUAUUCAUCUACCAUGGUGAGGUGCCCCAGGCCAGCCAAGUACCCCCUCCCAGUGGACUCACUGUCCAUGGCCUCCCAACAUCUCCAGACCGACCAGGAUCCACCAGCCCCUUCGCUCCAUCAGCCACUGACCUGCCCAGCAUGCCUGAACCUGCCCUGAUCUCCCGAGCAAACGUGACAGAGCACAAGACGUCCCCCACCCAAUGCCAGGCAGCUGGAGAGGUCUCCAACAAGCUUCCAAAAUGGCCUGAGUCGGUGGAGCAGUUCUACCGCUCACUGCAGGACACGUAUCGGGCGGAGCCUGCAGGCCCCGAUGGCAUCCUGAUGGAGGUGGAUCUGGUGCAGGCCAGGCUGGAGAGAAGCAGCAGCAAGAGCCUGGAGCGGGAACUGGCCACCCCGGACUGGGCAGAAAGGCAGCUGGCCCAAGGAGGCCUGGCUGAGGGCCUGCUGGCUGCCAAGGAGCGCCGGAGGCCACGUGAGACACAAGUGAUUGCUAUGCUGGGCAAAGCUGGUCAGGGCAAGAGCUAUUGGGCUGGGGCAGUGAGCCGGGCCUGGGCUUGUGGCCGGCUUCCCCAAUACGACUUUGUCUUCUCUGUCCCCUGCCACUGCUUGAACCGUCCGGGGGAUGUCUACCGCCUGCAGGACCUGCUCUUCUCCCUGGGCCCACGGCCACUCGUGGCAGCCGAUGAAGUUUUCAGCCACAUCGUGAAGAGACCUGACCGCGUUCUGCUCAUCCUAGACGCCUUUGAGGAGCUGGAAGCGCAAGACGGCUUCCUGCACAGCACAUGCGGACCGGCACCAGCCGAACCCUGCUCCCUCCGGGGCCUGCUAGCUGGCCUUUUCCAGAAGAAGCUGCUCCGAGGUUGCACCCUCCUCCUCACAGCCCGGCCCCGGGGUCGCCUGGUCCAGAGCCUGAGCAAGGCGGAUGCCCUGUUUGAGCUGUCCGGGUUCUCCAUGGAGCAGGCCCAGGCCUAUGUGAUGCGCUACUUUGAGUGCUCAGGGAUGACCGAGCACCAAGACAGAGCCCUGGCGCUCCUCCGGGACCGGCCAUUUCUUCUCAGUCACAGCCAUAGCCCCACUUUGUGCCGGGCAGUAUGCCAGCUCUCAGAGGCCCUACUGGAGCUUGGGGAGGAGGCCGAACUGCCCUCCACACUCACGGGACUCUAUGUCGACCUGCUGGGCCGUGCAGCCCUCAAUGGCCCCCCGGGGGCCCUGGCAGAGCUGGCCAAGUUGGCCUGGGAGCUAGGCCGCAGACACCAAAGUACCCUACAGGAGGACCAGUUCCCAUCUGCAGACGUGAGGACCUGGGCGAUGGCCAAAGGCUUAGUGCAACACUCCCCAGGGGCCACAGAGUCCGAGCUGGCCUUCCCCAGCUUCCUCCUGCAAUGCUUCCUGGGGGCCCUGUGGCUGGCUCUGAGUGGUGAAAUCAAGGACAAGGAGCUCCCGCAGUAUCUAGCAUUGACCCCAAGGAAGAAGAGGCCCUAUGACAACUGGCUGGAGGGCGUGCCACGCUUUCUGACUGGGCUGAUCUUCCAGCCUCGCGCCCGCUGCCUGGGAGCCCUAGUCGGGCCAUCAGCGACUGCCUUCGCGGACAGGAAGCAGAAGGUGCUAGCAAGGUACUUGAAGCGGCUGCAGCCGGGGACACUGCGGGCGCGGCAGCUGCUGGAGCUGCUGCACUGUGCCCACGAGGCUGAGGAGGCUGGAAUUUGGCAGCACGUGGUGCAGGAGCUCCCUGCCCGCCUCUCUUUUCUGGGCACCCGUCUUAUGCCUCCCGAUGCACAUGUAUUGGGCAAGGCCUUGGAGGCUGCAGGCCAAGACUUCUCCCUGGACCUCCGCAGCACUGGCAUUGACCCCUCUGGAUUGGGGAGCCUCGUGGGACUCAGCUGUGUCACCCAUUUCAGGGCUGCCUUGAGCGACACGGUGGCGCUGUGGGAGUCCCUGCGGCAGCAUGGGGAGACUGAGCUACUUCAGGCAGCAGAGGAGAAGUUCACCAUUGAACCUUUCAAAGCCAAGUCCCUGAAGGAUGUGGAAGACCUGGGAAAGCUUGUGCAGACUCAGAGGACAAGAAGUUCCUCGGACGACACAGCUGGGGAACUCCCUGCAGUUCGGGACCUAAAGAAACUGGAGUUUGCGCUGGGCCCCAUCUCAGGCCCCCAGGCUUUCCCCAAACUGGUGCGGAUCCUCACGGCCUUUUCCUCCCUGCAGCAUCUGGACCUGGAUGCGCUGAGUGAGAACAAGAUCGGGGACGAGGGUGUCUCGCAGCUCUCAGCCACCUUCCCCCAGCUGAAGUCCCUGGAAACUCUCAACCUGUCCCAAAACAGCAUCACUGAUCUGGGUGCCUACAAACUUGCCGAGGGCCUGCCUUCACUCGCUGCAUCCCUGCUCAGGCUAAGCUUGUACAAUAAUUGCAUCUGCGACAUGGGAGCCGAGAGCCUGGCUCGUGUGCUUCCGGACAUGGUGUCCCUCCGGGUGAUGGACGUUCAGUACAACAAGUUCACGGCUGCCGGGGCCCAGCAGCUCGCUGCCAGCCUUCGGAAGUGUCCUCACGUGGAGACGCUGGCGAUGUGGACGCCCACCAUCCCAUUCAGUGUCCAGGAACACCUGCAACAACAGGAUUCACGGAUCAGCCUGAGAUGAUCCCAGCUGUGCUCUGGACAGGCACGUUCUCUGAGAACACCGAUCACGCUGGACCUUGAACUGGGUACUUGUGGACACAGCUCUUCUCCAGGCUGCAUCCCAUGAGCCUCAGCAUCCUGGCACCCGGCCCCUGCUGGUUCAGGGUUGGCCCCUGCCUGGCUGCGGAAUGAACCACGUCUUGCUCUGCUGACAGACACAGACCCGGCUCCAGGCUUCUUCAACGUCCAGUUGGAUGGUUGCCUGGUGGCAGCUGCAGUCCACGCAGGAGCCCUGAGGCCUUCCCUGCAGGACAUUGCGGACGGCCACGGCCAGGCCAGAGAGAGUGACGGAGGCAGCCCCAUUCUGCUUGCCCAGGGCCCUGCCACCCUGGGGAGAAAGUACUUCUUUUUUUAAUUUUUAGACAGAGUCUCACUGUUGCCCAGGCUGGAGUGCAGUGGUACGAUCUGGGCUCACUAAAACCUCUGCCUCUUGGGUUCGAGCAAUUCUCCUGCUUCAGCCUCCGGAGUAGCUGGGACUACAGGCACCUACCAUCACGUCUGGUUAAUUUUUUUUUAUUUUUAGUAGAGACAGGGUUUUGCCAUGUUGGUCAGGCUGGUCUCAAACUCUUGACUUCAGGUGAUCCGCCCACUUCAGCCUCCCAGAGUGGUGGGAUUACAGGCGUGAACCACCGCACCCAGCCACAGAGAAAGUACUUCUCCACCCUGCUCUCCGACCAGACACUUUGAUAGGGCACACCGGGCACUCAGAAGACACUGAUGGGCAACCUCCAGCCUACUAAUUCCCCAGAUUGCAACAGGCUGGGCUUCUGUGGCAGCUGCUUUUGUCUGUGGGACUCAAUGUACUGACUUUGUUUGGCCAAGGCCAAAGCUAGGCCUGGCCAGAUGCACCGGCCCUUAGCAGGGAAACAGCUAAUGGGACACUAAUGGGGUGGUGAGAGGGGAACAGACUGGAAGCACAGCUUCAUUUCCUGGGUCUUUUUUCACUACAUUAUAAAUGUCUCUUUAAUGUCACAGGCAGGUCCAGGGUUUGAGUUCAUACCCUGUUACCAUUUUGGGGUACCCACUGCUCUGGUUAUCUAAUACAUAACAAGCCACUCCAAAACAUAGUGGCUUAAAACAACACACAUAUUUA